AGUGGCACAGGCUCCAGAACAAGGAGGAGACCGAAGAGGAAGGAGCCUGUUGGCUGUGCACCUCUUCCUUCUCCUCCUUCUAACAUCUCCUACCACCUCCCACCUACCUGCUCCUCUCCGGAGCAAGAGCACAAGAGGCUCCUGUUCCUGGCAGUUCUGUGCUUUUGGACAGAUCAGCAGCAAUGGCAACGCUCACUCUGGGCCAGAUGCUGGAUGCUGCCCUCGGGUCAUCGAGAGCUGGAGUCAUUGACUUUGAGCAACUGCACAACCUCCUGAAUGGGAUGCUUUUGCACCUGGGCCUGCGGGAUCUGCUUGUCCAGGAGAGUGGGGAACCACUGGAGGGGGCCGAGGAAAGCCCUUUCUCUUUCCUUAAGGAGUUAAAGCAGAAAGUGGAAGCCAAUGAAAAAGAAAUCGCCGAGGUCCGGGCUCUUUGCCAGGAGCUGCGUGAGGAGGUCAAUGAGGUGAAGCUGGAGCAGUCCCACAUGGCUGAGGACAUGCAGUAUAUGCUACAGAAUUUUGACAUGGAAGGAUUCCAGAACAUGAUGGAUGACCUCCGUAACCAGCUAUUGGACUCUCUCAUGUCUGCCAUGAAGGACAUGAUGCAGGGCGGACAAGGCUCCCCAGACAAGCAGCAGCAUGCUGGCCCCAAGCACCUAGACCCGUGGGAUGACCCAGGGCUGAUUGUCAUCGGCAAUGAAAUUACCCUCGUGGAAAAGCCCAGGACACCAAGGCAUGGGAACAGCCAGCCUGCCAGCCCUCUGCCCCCAGAUGCCAAGACACAGGGCAGAGGGAAGGAGGCGAAUGCGAGCAGCGACCCAGUCUCCGUUGGGGAAAAUGACAUGGGACAGAACGUGGAAGAGAGUAACAUGGGACAGAACAGGGGACGGAACGGCAUGGGACAGAGGGGCAUGGGAUGGAGUAUGGGACAGAAUUACAUGGGACGGAACAUGGGACAGAGGGACAUGAGACGAAAUGUGCAAUGGAGCAACGCAGAACAGAAUGACAUGGGACAGGACAUAGGACAGAAGGACAUGGGACGGAACAUGGGACAGAGGGACAUGAGACGAAAUGUGCAAUGGAGCAACGCAGAACAGAAUGACAUGGGACAGGACAUAGGACAGAAGGACAUGGGACGGAACAUGGGACAGAGGGACAUGAGACGAAAUGUGCAAUGGAGCAACGCAGAACAGAAUGACAUGGGACAGGACAUAGGACAGAAGGACAUGGGACGGAACAUGGGACAGAGGGACAUGAGACGAAAUGUGCAAUGGAGCAACGCAGAACAGAAUGACAUGGGACAGGACAUAGGACAGAAGGACAUGGGACGGAACGUGGGACAGAGGGACAUGAGACGAAAUGUGCAAUGGAGCAACGCAGAACAGAAUGACAUGGGACAGGACAUAGGACAGAAGGACAUGGGACCGAACGUGGGACAGAGGGACAUGAGACGAAAUGUGCAAUGGAGCAACGCAGAACAGAAUGACAUGGGACAGGAUAUAGGACAGAAGGACAUGGGACGGAACGUGGGACAGAGGGACAUGAGACGAAAUGUGCAAUGGAGCAACGCAGAACAGAAUGACAUGGGACAGGACAUAGGACAGAAGGACAUGGGACCGAACGUGGGACAGAGGGACAUGAGACGAAAUGUGCAAUGGAGCAACGCAGAACAGAAUGACAUGGGACAGGACAUAGGACAGAAGGACAUGGGACCGAACGUGGGACAGAGGGACAUGAGACGGAAUGUGCAAUGGAGCAACGCAGAACAGAAUGACAUGGGACAGGAUGACAUGGGACAGAUCAAGGAUGAAGAGAUUGAGAUACGCAUCUCUAAGGCAGAGGCUCUUCCCAGCCCCCGGGUUAGUCCUCCUGAGAUGACCAGUAAAGAAGAGAUCAAGGAAGAAGACACCAAGAUGAGCAUCUCCAAGGCUCCUCCCCGCGUUCAGAAAAAGAGUUCGGAUGGCAGUUUCACCACCUCAGGAACACAUCCAAGAGCGCCUGGCACCCACGUCUCAGUCCAGCGGGUGCAGUCAGUACGAGGCCACCCAGGAUCCCAGAGCCUCUGGAUCCCAGCCGAGAGCGUGGCUGGGACUAGCAGUAGGCUCCCAACAUCCAAGGAGGCACGUGGAAGAGGCAGCAUCAGGAUGGAGGCAUUCCCAGCUGAAGCUGGACUGAUUCUCCUCAAGGUGCCCUCUUCCGAGUACACACCUUGUGACCAGCUUGUGCAGUUGCCUGGCCGACACUCUGAGGUCAACCCAUCCACUCCACCGCCAUCCCCCGGCUUCUCUGUGCGCCUGCCCCACGCUCGCAGGCAGCGCCAACCACAGGAGCACAGGGAGCAGGCAGCCGAGAGGUAUCCCCGCAGAUCACCGAUGUACUCCGGGGGCAAACACACCAGUGUCUGCCCCGUGCAGCCCAUGGAGCCCCUCCUUCCAGACCCCAACAAGCCCGGCACGUUCGACCUGAUGGGCAGGGAUGGAGUCGUGUACCGGGGCCGGACUCCCCCGGGGAUGGACUGAGCACGCAACUCCAGCCUGCAGAAAUAAAGGGUGACCAGCA